CCGGAAGUUGGUUCAGCUGGGGCCCACGGGGCUUUGGGGCUCAUAGUCCCCCGGGGAUGUGGAGAGCUGGCAGCAUGUCUGUAGAGCUGGGAGUCGGGGUCGCUCUUCGCGCGGUGAACGAGCGGGUGCAGCAGGCGGUGGCGCGGCGCCCGCAGAAUCUCCCAGCUGUCCAGCCCCGGCUAGUAGCAGUCAGUAAAACCAAACCUGCAGACAUGGUGAUUGAGGCCUACAGUCAUGGCCAGCGCACUUUUGGGGAGAACUACGUUCAGGAACUGCUAGAAAAAGCAUCAGAUCCUAAAAUUCUGUCAUCAUGUCCUGAGAUCAAAUGGCACUUCAUUGGCCACCUACAGAAACAAAAUGUCAACAAAUUAAUGGCUGUCCCCAACCUCUUCAUGCUGGAAACUGUGGAUUCCAUAAAAUUGGCCGACAAAGUGAACAGUUCGUGGCAGAAGAAAGGUUCUCCUGAGAGGCUGAAAGUUAUGGUUCAAAUUAACACCAGCGGAGAGGAGAGUAAACAUGGCCUCCUACCUGCAGAGGCAAUAGCCGUGGUGGAACACAUAAAUACCAAGUGCUCCAGCCUGGAAUUCGUGGGACUGAUGACCAUAGGAAGCUUUGGCCAUGAUCUUAGUCAAGGACCGAAUCCAGACUUCCAGGUGUUAUUAUCCAUCCGAGAGGAGCUGUGUAAAAAGCUGAACGUCCCAGCUGACCAGGUUGAGCUGAGCAUGGGUAUGUCCGUGGACUUCCAACAUGCAAUCGAAGUAGGAUCUACCAAUGUCCGAAUAGGAAGCACCAUUUUUGGAGAGCGAGAUUACUCAAAGAAACCUACCCCAGACAAGUCUGUAGCAGACCUGAAGGCCCCUGUGGAGGUGACAAAGGCACACUGAGCCAGGGAAUAGCCUGCAGUGGAAGACUGACUAUGCACUUGCCUGGAUUUUCAUUUUGAUUUCCCGUAUGUCCCAGCACUAUCUUGCUUUCCUGUGACCAGGAGAUGGAGCAACAGUGAUUACUAUGCGUGUUGGUGGAAACCAUCAGUAAUUAGUAUCUGACAUGGUAUGCACAUGCCGGGUAGUGUGACUUGGAUUUAAACUGGAGAAAUCCAGAUUUAACCAGUAAUUGAGCUCAAUAUUGAAGGCUUCCCCAGGAGCACCGAUCAGCCCAUGAAUGCCUUUCCCCAGGUGGAAAUUUGAUCACUAAUGCCUAUAAUUAUUGAUAUAAGAAGGAUUCACUGAUUAAUACCCCCACAUUAAUAGAGAAUUCCCUGCAGCCACCAACUUCACAUGAAUAACCUUGGCUGCUCUGGAACAAGUUGCUCUCUACUGCACUUACUAAAUGUUUAUUCUCUGGGAUGGUUUAUGACUCUGGGCUGUCAGUACAGGUUACUUGAGAAACCGACCAGAUUUGAGCCAAAUUAUUGUUGACAAGGGUCUGUGUCGUUGGCUCUAAACAUGACGUAGGUAACCUAAAUAACCUUCCAGCACCCUCCUAAAGAGACAGGAUUUUGAGUGUUUUUUCCCCCCUCUGGGCCCUACAGUGACUGGGGUUUAUUAAUAAGAUUUCUCUUUCACUGUAAGUUUCUGAAUGGUGAUAUCAAAGACCAGCCAAUCCCCUGCAUCCCCAGAAUUGGGAGUUUGGAUCAAAAGGUUCCGGUUUCUGAGGAGCACUGUCCAAGCACAUAAUUGCCUCCCUUCCCCUACUGCCUAAGCCAGACUUUUGCAACUCAUUUUGAUUGUUAAUGAAGGAGUAAGAUCUAUAAAAAGCAGAAAGUACAGUUUUCAAGGUAAUAACCAGCCAGCUUCAUUGUGGAUCACUGCUUGUGUUCCAGGCGGAUUUUUCUUACUCAUUCAAGCCCCAGUUACUAAUUAUAUGAAGUUCAUUUUCAGACCUUAAUGCUACUGCUGAAUGUAAGUUUGUAAAACCUGCAGCUGUCCACGAUUCUUGUAUUACUUCAAUCCAAAGCUAGAGUCGUGAUAUUUCAGCCUAUUAAAUUAAAAAAAAAAGUGAGUUUAAAUUAUACCAUCUGUGCCAAUUACAAAGCCAUUAAAGGAUUUAUUUUUUAUGA